AUGGUUUAUGGUACCAAUUUACGUUUACCGGGAGAUUUUAUAAAUCCUGCAAAAAACUCACCCAAUGUCCAGCCCCAUGCAUUCCUCAAGCAAUUGCGUGAAACCAUGGUUGCAUUAUACCCUAAGCCCACAAGCAUACAUUCUUCAAGACCUGUGUUUGUUCCUAAAGAACUCGCUACAUCCUCACAUGUGUUCUUACGGUGUGAUGCAUCAAAAAAGUCCUUGGAGCCUACCUAUACAGGCCCAUACCUAGUUCUAAGUCGCACAUCCAAGAACUAUCGGAUACUAAUCGGCGACAAAGAGACAGUGGUGAGCCUUGAUCGUCUCAAACCAGCCUUUAUCUUAGCACCACAAACUGUCGAGACUGGUACAUCAGUUCCACCUCCUUCGAAGGCACCUUCAUCUAUUGGGUCUACACCAACAUCUGCUACUACGUCAGUUCCUGUGCCUGGAUCCCAGAAAACAAGUGCUCCUCAGUAUACACGUUCCGGACGUAGAGUCCGAUUUAACUCUCGGUACCUUUAA